AUGGCAGAGAAAGAACAUAAUAUUACAGCCACUCAAAUACAAAAAAAUAUGGAAGAACAUGAUGUUAGGAUUAGUGUAGAGACUGUCAGAAGACAUCUUCGUGAAAUCUGGAGCUUUCAAAGGAACCUUAAUGCUAAUUUUAUGUAUACUAUUUAUGAGCAGGGUCUUUUGGCUUCCACUUUUAAGCUUUUUGGAGAAGGUAACAUAGACUGGAUCUUGCAAGAGGAUAAUGACCCGAAACACCAGUCAAAAAUCACAAAGAAAUGGAAGGAAGAAAAUGGUAUUAAGGAACUUCCUUGGCCAUCAAUGUCUCUAUAG